UCCCUUCCCCUUUCCCUGUCACAUGAUGGCCAACUGCCUCAGCUCAGGGUACAACUACACCUGCAGGUGCAAGCCUGGCUUUACUGGGGACGGACGCAACUGCACAGACAUAAAUGAGUGCCUGGACCCCUCGGCCUGUCGUAACGCCAAAUUUGAGUGUGUGAACACGCCAGGGUCUGUCCGAUGCUCCUGUCGCUACCAGAGCACUGAGGAAACCAAUGGCUGUGGGGACUCUGCCAAUCCACCAGGGUUCAAUGUCUUCAACGUGUCCUUGGGCUGGAAGAACCAGGGGUCUGGAGGAGAGGGACUGAGACAGCUGGAGGAGAUUCUGUCAAUGGGCUUCCAGAACAAGUUCUACAACGCUGUGAUGAAAGGGCAGAUGCAGGGCUCAGGUCUGGAUGAGUACAGGAUCAACGUGUCCAGUGACACACCCCACUGGUACAUCAGAGACUACCUGACCCGCGUCAGUGCUUACUACAGCAUCAAAACCGCUGAAGUCGGAGACUUGGAUGAGUGUAAAUCAAAUGAGGCUGUGUGUAGGCCACCUGCCCUUUGUGCCAACACCUACGGAGGGUACAGGUGUGUGUGCAACGGUACCACCGACGUCGACGACACCCAAUCCUGCAUUUUAGGCAUGGGUGGUUUGAACAGGACGGGGAUAGCCGUGGCCAAGAUGGCGGAGGAUAAGAAGCCCCUGAUCCUGGGCCUGGUUUUGGGCAUCGGGAUCCCUCUCCUCCUCCUACUGUCUGCCCUCGCCUGCUUCUGCCGCUCCCGCAAGAAGACCAUCACAGGAGAAAUUCCUCAAUUUUUACCAGAAUAUGUUCAGGAGCAGUACAACCCUCCGCCCUACAACUACUCGGACCCGGCUCUACACUACAACGGCCACGUCAGCCCGCGCGUCAUAGACAACCUUACACCCAGGAAGCAUCGCAGUACAAACUUCACACACGCUUAACAGAGCUAUUAUGAAUGUACAUGUAAAAAUAAAUACAAGUGAAUAUAUUAUAUUAUUUAUACUGUAAUAACCAAUUGCUUAAAGCUGAGGGACUUUCAAAGUCCAAUGUAUUUCAUAAAAGAAGAACUGGACACAGAAAUGGAUACAGAGAGAAGCAAAGCUGCGUGCUGUGACUGACGAGCACUCCUAGCAAGUACAUUGAAUUAAUGGCUAGAUGGCUCUGGGCGAGGGCACUUAA